AUGCGGCUCGUGCUCCCUGACGUGCGGCACGGGCACGCAAACGUGCACGCGCACGAAAACGACGCAGGAGAGCAACGGAGGCAGCUGCUCGGGAACCGCGACCCCACCGGCUACCUCAAGGUCACCGCCAAGCUCACGACGAAAGCCACCGCCACGGGCUCGGACACCGACGCCGCGUUCAAGGCCAAGGUCAAGACCGCCAUCGCCGUGGGAGGCGACACCUGCGAGAAUGACGUCACGAUCGACGCAUUCGCCAAAUCCUCAAACUCCGCCGUGGUCGACGCGACGGUGCGGUACCCCGUGGACGCCACCGUCGCCUCCAAGGAAGCCGCGAUUCACAAGGCCGUCGCGCUCAUGACCAAGGCGAUGUACAUGCCGAACUGGGUCCUCCCGGAGCAGGCGCACGACGCUUCGAACACCGGCGCCGUUGUUUUGGAUCUCGCAUCCAACACAACGCAGGUGACGUGCCCGGGGGCCAAAACGUACGCCGAGGCCGCCGCGUCGGUCACCGCCAAGGACUACGCCGGCGCUCGAGCCGCGCUCAACCACAUCGCGCUCUGCAACUACCAGACGGGAUCUUCCGCGCUGGGAACGUCCUCCAUGGCGGACGUGUGCAACCUGCUGGGCUUCUCGAACCGAAAGCUCUCAAACCCAGACGUGAAACUGUCCGAGCUCUACUACAAGCGGUCGCUGCAGAUCAAACCAAACCACGUCGCCGCCAACGGCUACCUCGGCGAGCUUUACGUCCAGACGAAUAAACCCGCGCUCGCCAGGGAGGUGCUCGACGACCUGAAGGCGAUGUGCCCGCCGCCCGCCGGUUGCGACUCGCUGACGUAUCUGCGCGACGCGAUGGCGGCGGCAAAGAUGGAAGAGGGCGCGCACGUGAGGAAACUCAACUGGGACCAGUGCUUCAACCUCGCUUGCUCGCCGCUCAACCUCGAGAAGGGGGACAAGAUCGAGUUCAAGUACUCCGCGUCCCACGACGUGGUCAAGGUGGCGGACAAGGCCGCGUUCGACGCCUGCGCUGCGGGAACGACGGUGGGUAGCUCGUCUCAGGGCGCCGCCGGAUUUGUUCUCGAUUUAAACUCCGUCGGCACCGAACACUACGUCUGCGGCCAGGGCAGCCACUGCGCCAACGGGCAGAAGAUCGAGGUCAAGGUGCACGAGAGGACGUACGCGGCGGCGCCCUCCUCCGGUGGAUCCGCGCCGUGCUACUCGGCGAGCUGCGAUUCUCCCGCCCCGGCCAAGCCCGCCCCGGCCAAGGCUGGGGCGGCGAUUGCAAAGCCCGCGUUCGCGGCGCUUCUCGCGACGCUCGCGGCGGCGCUCGUCUCGUGAUGA